AUGUACCGCGAGUGUUAAUAGAAAGAGCCAGACAAGAAAGAUGGCGACCACGAGCUAACAAGGCUGGUAGUCCGCGAGCAUACCGCGAAACGCAGGGGAUGGCAGCAGCUACGGGAGAGGCCGAAGGCAGAGCCAAGAGGAAUGCGUAGAGAUCGUAUGAAAAAGUUGCAGGAAGUCUGGCUCGGAUGCAGCCAGAGCGGCAGACGCCAAUUACCCAAAUUGCCAAUCCGAAACCGCCCUAUAGACAACAGUAGUGGAGAAUGGAAGAGCGAACUCGGGGCCCCUUCGGACAACCCAUGGAGGCAGACAGACGCUGAGAGUUCAGCUGACCGAAAGGCUGCUGGGGAGGGAAUAAGUCGACUCGCAAGAACCACAGCGAA